AUGUCAAGUGUAAAUAUACGUGUCUUUACUAGAUUCAGACCUAUGAAUGAUAGGGAAAAGGCCCUAAAAGAAAAUCAACAAAUUAUACAAUUCCCAGAUGAAACCCAGGUUGUAAUUAACUAUCAAGGAGCACCCAUUCCAUUCACUUUUGAUAGGGUUUUCCCACCUGAUAGCACACAAGAAGAAGUUUUUAAUUCACUUAGUGAUACAAUUACAGAUGUUUUAAAAGGUUAUAAUGGUACAAUUUUUGCUUAUGGUCAAACUGGUAGUGGUAAAACUUAUACAAUGAAUGGUCCAGAUGAUAAGAGUGAUGUGGAACAAUUAGGUAUUAUUCCAAGAGCUAAUAAUUUAAUAUUUAAUAGUAUUGCAGAAGAUACUACAAAUUCAGAAUUUACAAUAAAGUGCUCAUAUCUUGAAAUUUAUAUGGAGAGUAUUCAAGAUCUUUUAAAUCCAAAGAAUAAUAAGAAUUUAAAAAUUCGUGAAUCAAAAGCUAUGGGUAUUUACAUUGAGGGUUUAGCAGAAGAGUUUGUGGCAUGUGAGGAAGAUGUUAUGGAUUUAAUGGAAUUAGGUGACUCAUCACGUUCUGUUGCAAAGACAAACAUGAAUCAUCGUUCAAGUCGUAGUCACAGUAUUUUAAUUUUAACAAUUGAACAAAAAUCAACUGAUGGUAGUAAAAAGAGGGGAAAAUUAAAUUUAGUAGAUUUAGCUGGUAGCGAGAAAGUUUCAAAAACUGGUGCAGAGGGUCAAACAUUAGAGGAAGCUAAAAAGAUUAAUCAAUCACUCUCUUUACUAGGUAAUUGUAUCCAUGCUUUAACCGACUCAAAGAGAGAUCAUAUUCCAUUCCGUGAUUCUAAAUUGACCAGAUUGCUUCAAGAUUCACUUGGUGGUAAUACAAAGACUACCCUUUUAGUAACCGCUUCACCCCAUUGUAAUAAUGUUGAAGAAACCAUUUCCACUUUAAAGUUUGGCGCUCGUGCUAAAACUAUCAAAAAUUCUGUUAAAGUUAAUCAAGAAAAGAGCGCUGCAGAAUUACAAAUUAUUGUUAACGCAUUAACUAAGGAAUUGAAUACCUUAAAAGCCUAUUCAAUCUCUUUAGAAAAUUUAGUAAAUUAUUUUAAAUCACCUUCAUACCAACCAGGCCAAUCAAUUCCAAAAGAGUUGGAACCAAAUAAACAAAAUCUAUUAUUAUUACAGGCCCAACAACAACAACAAUCACAACCAUCAACAGCAAAUGGUGUCAGUGGUGGAAUACCACCAUUAAGACCAAGAUCAACAACCCCAACUCCUCAAUCAUCUAGAUUAAGUUCAUCAUCAACAGCAAAUAACAGACAUUCAGUUGCUAUUACUGGUAGCCACUCAUCUUCAGGUAACACUACACCAACACAUGGUUUAACUUCAUCAAUGUCAUCGUCAUCAUUAAACUCACUUGCAUCAGAUGAUUUUAGUAUUGAAGAUGAUCAAAAUGGUUUAUUUAAUCCAUUAGCAGUCGUCGAAAUGUCAAUGGAAAUAGAAAAGAUGAAGGAAGAAACUCAAUUGUUAAUCGAUAAAUUUAAAGAUGAAAUCUCUGAAAUUACAAUUAAAUAUGAAUCGGUCCAAGAUGAACUUAUGCAAGCCAGAGUCCAAUUGGAUCAGACAAAAGAACAAGCAGAGCUAACUCGUUCAUCAUUUGUAAAAGAACAGUCAGCACUCAAAGAAAGUGAACGUAAUUUAUCAUUAGAUGUAAACUCUAAAGAUCAAAAGAUUCAAGUUUUAAUUCAAAAAAUUGAAGAUCUUCGACUUUUAGCCUCUCAAGUUAUACAGUACUUGGAAAGAAAGAGGUCAUCCGACGAUUUUGAUAUGGGUGUUUUAUUAAACUCACAAAUCAGCAGCUCUGGUCCUCUUAACUCCUCAUUUAUUGAUGAGGGAACCUAUGAAGAUGACAUCAACAUUGAAGAUAUUAUUAGAUACCUUUCAGAAGAAGAAGUACUUUCUAUGCAAAUUAAAAUUCAAUUACAAAACAAGGUACAUCAAUUAGAACAAAAGAUUAACCAAGUGGUCCAAGAAUUAAAUUCAGCAGAGCAAUCAUUAAACUCAUCCAUUAUCAAUUGCCAAAAACUAGAAUCUGAAAACUCAAUAAUUAAACGUAAAUUUAAAUCAAUGUUUUCUUCAAAUAAUAGCAGUAGUAAUAAUGGUUCAAUGUUAAAAUUAGAAGUUUCAACAGAACAACCAAAUCAAGAUCCAAUGUCACCAAGUCCAAUUUACACUUCGCCAAUUAAAGAAAAUAAUAUUCAAGAAAAUGGUGCAACAACAGAAAACGAAGAUAUUAACGACAGUAGUAUUAUUAAUGAUCAAGAUAUGCAAGGAUUCAAUGAUGAAUUUGAACAAAAAUUAAUCGAGGAGUCAUCAAAAACUAAAGAGCUAGAAUUAAAAUUACAAAAUGAAAUUAAAUUAUUAAAAUUACAAAAUGAAAAAAAUAAUGAAGAAUUAAAUAAAGCCAAAGAUGAAUUAUCAAUUAAAAGUGCAUUAUAUCAAAAUCAAAUUUUAAAUCUACAAAAUGAAAAUCAAACACUCCAAAAUAAACUAUCACAAGAAAAACAACAUAAACAAUCAUCACAAUCACAACAAUUAGAUAUUGCAAAUAAAUUAAAUGAAUUAAUUAAAAAAUCAGAGACAGAAUCCGAAGAAUUUAGAAGUGAAAGAAAACUACUUUUAGAUGAAAUUGGUGAAUUAAAAGAAAACCUAAAUGAAAUGGAAUUAAAGACUCAAGAUUUACAAGACCAGUUAACUUCAACUCAAAGAUUAUUAAAUAGUAGACGUGCCGUUAAAAUUGUAAGAGGUGGUGCUGAUUCUUUAAAAACUGCUUUAUCUGCAAAGGUCGAGUUUGGUCAACAUACUUUAAAAAAGACAGGAAAAAGUUUAUUUUAG